CGAAGUGCGAAGGAAUGGCACGAGCAGCAGCCGUUACCAACUACAGCGAUACUCAGAACAAGCUUAUUUGUGCGAACAUUCUCCUGUCCAAGUUUGCUGAUGUCAACAUUGCUAAUGAGGACGGAGAUACUCCACUUAUCGCAGCGUUAGAACAAGGAAACACAAACCUACACAUUAUAGCACUGUUACUCCACUACGGAGCUGACGUAUACCACAAAAACAGACAUGGGAGGUCAGCCCUCUCCAUCGCUAUAGAGUCGAAAAACACAGAAAUCAUCAAACUCCUGGUAACAGGACGGAACAUCCCCCAGUGGGCCUACGAUGCGAUAACAACCAGUCUAACAGUGGAAGAGAGUAUAGAACUACUGGAUCUGUCCAGUAACAUACCCAGCCUCUACAAUCUGUCCAGAUUAGCAGUAGUGAAAGACAUGCAAGAAAAUGUGCACAACGUCGAACAAAAAGAGCUGGAUGUAAUAAACCAUCUUCUAACAAAAGGAGACGAUGAAAUACUGGAAACUGUGUCUAAGUACCCCGCCACGGUCUUCACCCCUCGCAACCGAGCUCCUAUAGCUAGAUGAGAUGGUUACUAAGUAACCAAUGGUUACCAAGUAACCAAUGGUUACUAAGUAACUGUUCCCAUGAUGAUGAGAGAUAGAUUAUACCAACCUGGUGGCUAUGUAGAUGAGUUAUGGCUGAGCAAAGUGCUAAUUAUUGACGGGGACAAAUUUACCUGGGCAGUAAUGAUUCUGUACACGAGAUAUUAACAUUGGUUGCUAGUACAAUGAGCUGAGAAAAUUAAGCUUGGGUCAUAUUUGCCAUUUUUUUCAAGCAUACCUUAUAUUUCAAGGUAGGUCAUCACGUGGUACUAUUGAAUGGCCGGCUAUUCCAGUGGCACUGUUUUAGUGGCAUGGUGUGCUGUGUCCACUGUUUUCAGGAUGGUUACUGAUAACACAGGAUGUCUUACUGAAAUGUGAAACUUUGUGUUCUAUUCGUUUACAUUCCUAGCUCUUCACAGUAUUCGUUUUCAUUAUAAGUUCUGUUUUUGAGCCUGUUUUUAAGGUAAGUUGUGGUGUUUUUGCCAUUGUUUGCUGCCGAGUGCCGACUGCUUAUCUGUUGUCUUAUCUCGUUUCUGUGCCGACAGUACAGUGUCGCCUCCCUAUGAUAACCGACAUUUAUCAUCCCAAGGAAAUGGUAAAAUAUCGUUUUAAAAGGUCGUCAGAAAAGGUACUUCUUCAACUUACACUGUUGUUUCGUGAGAGUGUGCCUUGUGUGCCAGAUGUUAUCAUUUACUUAAAGUCUUUAUUGGCCGAUUAUAGUAAAUACUUCAAAUGUAUCGAUUAUAAUAAUUAUAGAUUGAAACCUGAUACACAACGCAAUGCCGAUAAUACCGUUUAAUUCUAGACUUUAAAUUUUACAGACUUGGAAAUAAUUAAACAAAUUUACGGCUCAGUUUUGUCUAGAUUUUAAACAUCAUCAUCGUUAUCUUCAGUUAACUAGUUUAAGUAUAAUGUUAAAGUCCAGACGUUUACUAUUACAUAGUCCU